AUGGAUUCACCAAGAUUUGAGAACGAGUACAUAGUUGGUGUAAAUAAUUUUUUAGAGUUUGCCUUCGUAAUGGAAAAAUCGGUUGGAAAAGAAAUUCAAUGUCCGUGUGCAAAGUGUGGAAACACUUAUUGGCGUGAACGAGACGCCGUAUAUGAGCAUCUUAUUUGCUAUGGGUUUGUCGAAGGUUAUAAACAAUGGACUAAUCAUGGGGAAUCAGUAAUCCCAACAGUAGUAGAUACUGACAUGGAUGAUCGAGGCGGCCUUGAUGAUAUUGACGGGUUGCUACGUGACGCAUUUGGAAAUAUGGCAAAUCUUGAGGAGGGGAACAGUGGGUUGAUUGAAGAUGCGAAGAGAUUUUAUAAGCUAGUAGACGAAGCAGGUCUGGAAUUAUAUCCGAAUUGUACAACUGAAUUUUCGAGAUUAUCAUUCAUCAUUCGUCUUUACCAAUUGAAGUGUCUACAUGGGUGGAGUAACACAUCUUUUACCUCCCUCUUGGAGUUAUUGAAAGAAGCUAUACUUGAUUUGGACAUUGCCACUUCUUUUAAUAAAGCUAAGAAUAUGGUUAAAGAGUUGGGUCUUGACUAUGAAAAGAUUGAUGCAUGUCCUAAUGACUGCAUGCUGUAUCAGAAUGAGUACAUAAAUGACUCAGUUUGCUGUAUCUAUGGAGAGUCUCGAUAUAAUCAAACUCCUACUACGGAUGGCAACGAAGAGGACUUUGCGCUUCCAAAUAAAGUUCAUAAGGUUGCUGCGAAAAUCUUAAGAUACUUUCCUUUAAUACCAAGGCUUAAAAGGCUUUUUAUGUGCCCAAACACAGCUGAGGCAUUGAGGUGGCAUGAUGAGCAGCGUUUGAAAGAUGGUUGCAUAAGGCACCCUACUGAUAGCCAAGCAUGGAAGAACUUGGACAGUCAGUACCCGAACUUUUCAAAAGAACUGCGUAACUUGAGGCUUGGUUUGGCUAGUGACGGUUUUAAUCCUUUUCGAACUAUGAACGUGUCACACAGCACAUGGCCAGUUGUCUUAAUGGUGUACAACUUUUCCCCUUGGAUGUCCAUGAAGUCAGAAUAUUGCAUGCUCUCUUUGAUCAUACCUGGACCUUGUUCACCAGGAAAUAAUAUUAAUAUUUUUUUGCAACCAUUGAUCGAAGAGCUGAAGGAGCUAUGGGUGUCAGGGAUAGAUACAUAUGAUUCUUUUAAGAAUGAAACUUUUCAAAUGCAUGUUGCACUUCUUUGGACAAUCAAUGAUUUUCCAGCGUAUGCGAUGUUGUCUGGUUAG